CGAAAUAACAAUUUUGCACAGACAACAUACGUAAAUACACUUGAAAAAAGUAUUGUGAUAAAUUAUUUCGACGUAUUACUACACAUUUGGCUGACGUUGGAAGUUACUUAGGUCAGGCAAAUAAAAUAAAAAUUGUAAUAAGCAGCUUAAGGAGUGAAGUGAGUAAACUUGCACGCCACGCAAACGGAAACAAAUACACUCAAGGAUUAGAAAGUUGACAAGAGGAGCUAAGAGCAACGUGCCUCCUAACAGCAGCAAAACGUGCCAUUAAAUAAGACUCCUAGUAUUGGAACUUAGGUUUCGAAUUUCUUCAAUUAAACCAACAAGCGAACCCAAAACAAAAUGGCUGGUGGCGGUGAUCCCAAAUGGCAAAAGGAUGCAGCUGAUCAGAACUUUGAUUAUAUGUUCAAACUGCUCAUAAUCGGUAACUCUAGUGUUGGCAAGACAAGUUUUUUGUUCCGGUACGCGGACGACAGUUUUACCUCAGCCUUCGUGUCCACAGUUGGCAUAGACUUUAAAGUGAGAACAGUAUUCAGACAUGAUAAACGCGUUAAACUGCAAAUAUGGGAUACUGCAGGACAGGAACGCUAUAGAACAAUAACAACAGCAUACUAUCGUGGGGCAAUGGGUUUCAUUCUAAUGUAUGACGUUACAAACGAGGAAAGUUUUAAUUCUGUGCAGGACUGGGUAACUCAAAUAAAAACAUACUCCUGGGAUAAUGCACAAGUUAUACUUGUUGGCAACAAGUGUGAUAUGGAGGAUCAGCGGGUUAUUUCAUAUGAAAGAGGCCGUCAGUUAGCUGAUCAAUUAGGUGUUGAAUUUUUUGAAACUUCAGCUAAGGAAAAUGUCAAUGUCAAGGCUGUAUUCGAGCGUCUUGUUGAUAUCAUAUGCGAUAAAAUGUCGGAGAGUUUAGACUCAGAUCCAACGUUAGUUGGUGCCGGACAGAAAGGACAACGACUGACAGAUCAACCACAAGGCACACCUAAUGCAAAUUGCAAUUGUUAAAUUUAUAUACAUAUAUAUAUGUAUUUAUAUAUAUAUAUAUAAUUAGUGGU